CUUGAGAUGUUCCAAUCGGUGAGUCACAAUCAUGAAGGCCACGCUAUUACUAAUGCCUCAGAGGUUGAAGGAUUCAGCCGUCGUGAUCAUAGGGUCAGUGACAUCAUGGAACUUGCAAUUUGGGUUCCAUGGCGGUGGUACCCGAGGACUCGCUCACCUCCACAUUCGAUGUAAGAAGUGAAGGGCUUCCUGGAGCCUCAUUGUGUAUAAAAAGCGUAGAUAUCUCCUGUUUUCUUCCCUCAAAAUUUCUCCCUCAUCAGCCCAAUUUCACAGAGAUAUCUGCAAUACUUACUAUCAAAACAAACUUCACAACGACUUCAACAUGCUGGGUGCCUCUCCUAUGGCAGCUGCUCGCCGCACGGCGGUCGGAGCCUUGUUGCUCGCCUCUUGGGCAAAAGCAGACGUUCCACUAGGCUCGUCUUUUGGGAUUCCUGGUGACGACGCGAGUUACGACUAUGUUAUCGUUGGUGGAGGAAACACCGGUCUUGCUUUGGCUACUAGGCUCAUUGAGCAAAACGCUGGAAGUGUCGCGGUUGUGGAGGCGGGAACAUUCUACGAAAUCAGCAAUGGCAACCUCAGCCAGGUUCCAGGCACUGAUACUGCCUUCUCAUGGAAGAGCAUUCAUGAUUGGCAACCUUUAGUCGAUUGGGGCUACAUCACUGAACCACAAGCUGGCGGUUUCAACCAGACAAUGCACUACGCUCGUGGCAAGGUUCUUGGCGGCACCUCUGGCAGAAACUACAUGGUCUAUCAGCGUCCUACUGCGGACACUUUCCAAGAAUGGGCCGAUAUGGUCGGCGACCAGAGUUACGCAAUCGAUGGUUUUCUCCCCUUUUUCGAGAAGAGCAUGAAUUUUACGCCACCAAACAUGAACCUGCGUCCUUCGAACUCUACCCCUAAUUUUGACGAGAAGGUUGUGGGUAAUGGAAACGGACCCCUUUCCGUUACUUAUUCUAACUUCGCUACUGCUUUCGGCACAUGGACGACAAAGGCGUUUGAGCAAAUUGGAAUCCCUGGAAUUGAUGGCUUCAUGAGCGGAAAACUGCUUGGAAAUGCCUGGACUGCUUCUACUGUAAACGCCCAGAAUAUGAACAGGGAGUCUUCUGAAACCUCGUUCCUCCGCGCCGCCCUGGGACACCCUGACUAUACCAUUUACCCUCUGACUCUGGCUAAGAAGAUUGUCUUUAACGCCAACAAGAAGGCCACAGGCGUCAUGGUAGAUACGGAGGGGUUCAAGUAUACUCUUUCUGCCCGCAAGGAAGUCAUCCUCUCUGCUGGUGUUUUCGGCUCACCUCAGAUCCUCAUGGCUUCUGGUGUCGGACCAAAGAAGGCCCUGCAAUCUCUCAACAUCCCAGUCGUCGCGGACAGGCCUGGUGUUGGACAGGGUAUGCAAGACCAUGUGUUCUACGGCGUCUCAUACCGCGUCAAUGGCCCUACAUUCUCUGCUAUUGGUAAUGACCCUGAGUUUGCCGCAGAGCAGGCCAGGCUGUUUGACGAGAGUGCAAGCGGUAUCUAUACCAGCACUGGUGUGGAAGUCCUCGGUUGGGAGAAGACCCCUGAGGAACUGCAGACAAACUGGAGCAACCGCACUAAGGCUGCCUUGGCCGCUUACCCAGCUGACUGGCCCGAGCUAGAGUACAUCUCGAUCGCAGCGCUCCUUGGAAACUUCCAAGACUCAAGACACACUGACCCCCUCGAUGGUUUCAACUACGCCUCCCUUGCUGUCACGCUUGGCGCGCCGCGCUCCCGUGGAUCCGUGACCAUCACCUCUCCUGACACCGCCGUCCACCCUCAGAUCAACCCCAACUUCCUCACUGACCAGACUGACAUCGAUGUUAUGAUUGCCGGAUUCAAGCGUGCCCGUGAAUUCUACGCUUCCGACGCUAUGCAAAGCAUUGUCAUUGGCGACGAGUACUUCCCCGGCCCAUCAGUCCAAACCGAUGCUGAGAUUGAGGAGGCCAUCCGCAAAGACUUCAACACCGUCUGGCACGCAGCUUGCACAUGCGCCAUGGGCAAGAGCAGCGAUAAAAACGCUGUCGUCGACUCCCAGGCCCGCGUCAUGGGCGUAGACGGCUUACGUGUUGUCGACUUGUCCUCCUUCCCUCUCCUUCCUGCGGGACACCCUCAGUCCGUAGCUUAUGCCUUCGCCGAGAAGAUCGCCUGUGAGAUCUCAGGCAACUGUUAAAAUUCCAAACCUCGUUGUUUUCUUUGUUGAUAGAUCUAGAUACAUAGACUGUUGUGGGCCACCACUAGUUGGAGUUGUUGUCGUUGUUGUUCCUUCCCUAUACAUCCGGAUUUCCUUGGGUCUCCUCUUCUUCUCUCCUGUUUUAUUGACUCAAUGCCUUCAAGGAAAAACCCCCCUGGAAGCCAUGUUUCAAUAAUUCAGCCAGGUUUAAAUGUUAUUAUAGCAUGAACUAUCUUUAGUCAUCUCUUCCUUUUCGUCAAUAAGAAUCUGUUCUCUGUCAAUA